GGGCUGCAGGGCAAGGAGGGCCACCCCGUCGGCCUCCCGCACGGAUUCCCUCUGUCCGUCGGUCGGUGGGUCCGCGGAGCCGGCAGGAGUCCCUGGGCUCUGGGCGCUGUAUGGGAGGCUACAACAGACCGAUGGCGGCGGCGGCCCUGUCCGGCCUGGCGGUGCGGCUGUCGCGCUGGGCCGCGACCCGCGGCUCCUACCGCGCCUUCUGCAAGGGGCUGACCCGCACGCUGCUCAUCUUCUUCGACCUGGCCUGGCGGCUGCGCAUCAACUUCCCCUACCUGUACAUCGUGGCUUCCAUGAUGCUCAACGUCCGCCUGCAGGUUCACAUUGAGAUCCAUUGAAGGCCGAGAGGCGUGUCCUUGGCUGACCGCGUCAGAGACACAGCAUGAGGGACGGGAGAGGGUCUCCUGGCACCUGCCUCGCAAAAGUGAAGAGGGAGGGCGAGGACCCGGACA